AUUUCGAAAAUUCCAUAAUAGAAUAUCCAAAAUUAGUUGUCGCACUUCUCAAUACGAAUAUAAUUGUCAUUUAAUUCAUUUCGGUCGGUCUUCGGCGUCAUGUCGAACACCUUUUAAUUGAAUUUGUGUAAUUUAUGCCGUGAUACGUGACAAGCAAAAGUAGAAAAGUUCGAUUAACUAGACCCCAAAGUACCAUCAUAUCACACAGUUCGUUGCCGGCAGUCAAAGAAAGCACAACUAAAAAAUGGUUUGCUGCGUAUCAGGGUUUCUUACACUCAUUGGGCUCUAUGCCCUCGGUUGUUAUCUCUACGAGCAGUUAAGAACACCAUUUCGAUUGCUUAAAGUACGUUGGAUUGAUGAUUCCCACAAACGACAAAGUCUAAAAGAGCGUUUUGGUUCAUGGGCUGCCAUAACUGGGAGUAGUGAUGGCAUAGGCAAGGAAUACGCCAAGGAACUGGCCAGACAGGGCAUCAAUGUGGUUCUAAUCGCCAGAAAUGAAGAGAAACUGCAAAAGGUGGCUAAAGAAAUUGAAAAUGAAUCUAAGGUGGAAACAAAGAUUAUAAUAGCGGAUUUCGCCAAAGGUAUCGAAAUAUAUGAUCAAUUGGAAAUGGAGUUAGAUCAACUGCCAAUUAGCAUUUUCGUCAACAAUGUGGGCAUGGGCCUACCGGGUCCGGUUUUCAAGUGGAAUCGUGAGGAUACCUCAGUUAUUCUGAAUACCAAUGUUGUAGCUGUUUCCGAACUUUCUCGGUACUUUUUCCAUCGCAUGAAGGUGGCCAAAAUCAAGGGAGCCAUUGUGAAUGUUAGCUCUGGAGUUGAAAAGCAACCAGCACCAUUUGCUUCCUUCUAUGGUGCAUCUAAGGCAUAUACCCGUAGUUUUACAGUUGCUUUGCAGUUCGAAGCUGCUAAAUUUGGAAUUCUCGUUCAAUUGCUUUCUCCGAACUUUGUGGUAACCAAAAUCAACAGCUACUCCAAGCGCAUUAUGAGCGGUGGACUCUUUAUACCCUCGGCAGAGGAAUACGCUCGAAGUGCAGUCAAUCAAUUGCGGGAUGGAGUUGAUGAAACACCUGGUUACAUUUGGCAUCAUGUACAGAAUGCCGUAAGCGAAAUGUUCACCUGGCGUGUACGUGUUGUGGCUGCUGUGAAGCUUUUUGCUAAUAUAGUAGAUGCCAAAGACAAAUAGAUUGCCUACUUUCAGGCGCUUGUUAUUUCUAACUGAACUGUACUUAAUUUGUAAAGAAAAUAAGAGAGCAAAAUCUAAUUAAAAAUACGGAUUGCCCGUUUA